AUGCCUACCGUGCCUACCGUGCCUACCGUGCCUACCGUGCCUGGUGUGCCUACCGUGCCUACUGUGCCUACUGUGCCUACCGUGCUUGGCAUGCCUACCGUGCCUACCGUGCCUACCGUGCCUACCGAGCCUGGCGUGCCUACCAUGCCUACCAUGCCUACCGUACCUACCGUGCCUACCAUGCCUACCGUUCCUACCAUGCCUGGCGUGCCUAGCGUGCCUACCGAGCCUGGCGUGCCUACCGUGCCUGGCGUGCCUACCGUGCCUACCGUGCCUGCCGUGCCUGCCGUGCCUACUGUGCCUACUGUGCCUGGCGUGCCUACUGUGCCUACAAUGCCUACCGUGCCUACCAUGCCUACCAUGCCUACCGUGCCUGGCGUGCAACCGUGCCUACCGUGCCUACUGUGCCUGGCGUGCCUACCGUGCCAACCGUGCCUACCGUGCAACCGUGCCUACCAUGCCUACCGUGUCUGGCGUUUUUCCUCCCCCACCUCCCCUCUCGUCCCCGAUUCAUGCCACCCUCGUGCCUACCGUGCCUGGCGUGCCUACCGUGCCUGGCGUGCCUACCGUGCCUACCAUGCCUAUCGUGCCUACCAUGCCUACCAUGCCUACCGUGCCUGGCGUGCAACCGUGCCUACCGUGCCUACUGUGACUGGCGUGCCUACCGUGCCAACCGUGCCUACCGUGCAACCGUGCCUACCAUGCCUACCGUGUCUGGCGUUUUUCCUCCCCCACCUCCCCUCUCGUCCCCGAUUCAUGCCACCCUGUGUCACGCUGCUGUCUCCGCAUUUUUGCUGUCGCUGCCCUACCGUGCCUACCAUGCCGACCGUGCCUGGCGUGCCUACCGUGCCUACCGUGCCUACUGUGCCUGCCGUGCCUACCGUGCCUGGCGUGCCUACCGCGCCUACCAUGCCUACCGUGCCUACCGUGCCUACGAUGCCUACCGUGCCUACCUUGCCUGGCGUGCCUAGCGUGCCUACCAUGCCUGGCGUGCCUACCGUGCCUGGCGUGCCUACCGUGCCUACCAUGCCUGCCGUGCCUACCGUGCCUACUAUGCCUGGCGUGCCUACCGUGCCUACCUUGCCUACCGUGCCUACCGUGCCUGGCGUGCCUACUAUGCCUACCGUGCCUACCGUGCCUACCGUGCCUGGCAUGCCUACCUUGCUUACCAUGCCUGCCGUGCCUACAGUGCCUGGCGUGCCUACCAUGCCUACCGUGCCAACCAUGCCUACCGUGCUUGGCGUGCCUACCGCGCCUACCAUGCCUGGCGUGCCUGGCGUGCCUAGCGUGCCUACCGUGCCUGGCGUGCCUACCGUGCCUGGCGUGCCUACCGUGCCUACCGUGCCUACCGUGCCUACCGUGCCUACCGUGCGUGGCGUGCCUACCGUGCCUACCGUGCCUGGCAUGCCUACCGUGCCUACCGUGCCUGGCGCGCCUAUAGUGCCUACCAUCCCUACUUUGCCUACCGUGUCUGGCGUUUUUCCUCCCCCACCUCCCCUCGCGUCCCCGAUUCAUACCACCCUGUGUCACGGUGCUGUCUCCGCAUUUUUGCUGUCGCUGCCCUAUCGUGCCUACCAUGCCUACCGUGCCUACCGUGCCUGGCGUGCCUACCGUGCCUACCAUGCCUGGCGUGCCUACCGUGCCUACCGUGCUUACAGUGCAUACCGUGCCUGGCAUGCCUACCAUGCCUACCGUGCCUACCGUGCUUGGCGUGCCUACCCUGCCAACCGUGCCUACCGUGUCUGGCGUGCCUACUGUGCCUAG